UUGACAAACAUCAACCAGUUUGAGGAGUUUUCAUCACUUGUGUCAACGACCUUGGUGGCGGUACCACUAAAAGUCUGAAAUGAAAAGUGUAAGUUGUCAAUGGAGUGAAACACAUGGUUUACAGCAUGAAUUUUAACUAGAGUGAAAUAAAUAGUAUAAAUUGUCAUGGACAGUGAUAUAAGUGACAUUUAUUACACUCUCAUCACAAAUUGUGAUUGAGCUUAAACUAAAUGGUACACAGUGAAAAUUUACCACAAAAAUAUUCUGAUGAUUAGUUCUUAAACCAUAUUUACUUUGCUUCCAUUAAAAUGCAGUUUAAAUGUAAGCAAAAUAAAAUAUUUGUCAACAUUGUGUCCAGUGAUGGACAACACGGAUUAAGUAAAUCUCCAUCAAUAAGCUAUGAUUCUUCUUGAAAGUAUCUUGCCUGCCACAGUGAAAAGCUCCUUGUAGACCCCAGUUUAUCACAUGACACUGGGGAACCAAUCAAAGGUCCAAAUUUAGUCCUCACUGCAAUAGUCUCCUUAGCAAAGACACCUAUUAUUGUG